AUGACAUCCCUGGCACUUACCAUCCCCAUAGCCCACCUGCUCAGUUCUUCUUCAUUGCAUAUACCUGAUAUUUUACUUAUUAUCUGCUCCCUCCACUCGAAUCCCCUUAGAGAUGGAAUGCCAGUCUCAUCUUCUUGUUUGAGGAACUAUACACUAAAGGGCAUCUAUGUAUCAAUUAGUUUCCCAGGUGGCACAGUGGUAACAGUAAAGAAUCUGCCUGCCAAUGAAGGAGAUGCAAGUUGGAUCCCUGGGUCAGGAAGAUCCCCUGGAGUAGGAAAUGGCAACCCACUCCAUCUUGUCUGGGAAAUUCCAUGGAAAGAGGAGUCUGGCGGGCUACAGUCCAUGGAGUUGAAAAGAUUUAGACAUGACUGA